UUACAACGACUGAUGAUAUUAGUUUGGUUAUUAUCUAUGCUCUAAAUCAACAUGUCGCUUAUCCAAAAUCCACGAGUUGAAUGCGGAGAAAUUCUGCAGAACCGCAAUGGGCAGUACUUUUUUGUGUGCUCCACAUGCAAACUGGAAUUCGUGACAUUGUCAAGCUUUCUGAGUCAUCAAAAUGAUGGACAUGAGGACAAUGAAUUGCGAAAUCAAUCAAAUGAUUUGACCGUGCCGUUCACAAAGAAGAGGCCUAAAAUGCAAUCAGAUGAUCUGACCGUUUCGGUCUCGAAACAAACAGACGAGAAGAUCAGGGCUGGAUUGCGUACAGCUUCUCAAUGCGAACCUCGACGAACCAUAUUAAUUUCGCCGAGGCCGGAAAAGACGACCAGAAAGAUUGGUUUCGCACCUUCGUUCGGCAACAAUGGAACAUCAUCCGGCGGUGGUCGCAAAAUAUCGUUCAAAUCCUCAGCUAAUCGAGUGCGAGCAAUCGAGCAGGAUUCCGGAAAAUACAGAUGUAAAAAUUGCUGUGCAACAUUCAGUACAAUGGUCAAUUUGGAUUCUCACGAGUUGGUGUGCAUGAUGUUGCCGAUGAGAUUCUGUUGUGACCGCUGUAACAAACCGUUCGACGAUAAAAUUCGACUACAGAUACACAAGAGACUGUGCAAUUGAUCCUAAUUAUCCAUCCAUUUUCAAAUAUCUACCUGCAUUGGAAGGUAGUAUAUCCACCAAAACGCAAAACAAAAUGAAUUAUUGACUAAAUGAAACUAUUAAUAAGUGAAUUGAAUUGACUUGGGACGACCAUGUGUACAAAAAUUCUCUUCACUCAAUUUCUCUCGAUUUUUUUUAUUGGUCACUUUCGAAAAAUGGUCUGCCCAGAUGUCUACCCGUAUUGAGGGUACAUUUAUAGGAAAACUAUAAUUAUUGAAUAAAAUGAAUAGUGAAUUACACACUGUCGAUUUUAAUCUCA